AUGGAGUCACACACUGGUUUCAGGGCCCAUCCAGAGGAGCGGCCAGCCGUUAUUGGGUUCAAGGCCUGCGACAUGUGCCGGAAGAAAAAGAUCCGUUGCGAGCCGACGUCGCAAGGAUGCAGGCCAUGCACCAAAUACGGCACAAGGUGUCAUUUUACGCCAAUAGCAACGAAGAAGAAACCUCGCAGACCAGCUGGCUUCAGAUACAUCGCACAGCUUGAGAAAAGACUCCUAGGAGUAGAGGCUUUGCUGGGAGACAGGUCAUUAGAAAAGCCAAAUAUGCCUGACACCGAUUUGCGUAAAGAGCAGACGACACUCACAGCAACAUCUCAUACAGUGGCAUUAAACGUUGACUCCGAUUUGUCUCCGUUUAGAGAUGAGAUAACUGACCAUUUGUGGCUUUAUCCCGCUCUAGAACCACAUUCAAUUCCUCUGCCAGCGCGCCAGCAGCUCCCCACAAAGGCAUUUGCUCUAGAGUUGAUUGAGGAAGCUUUCGUUAACUAUAAUAGAUUCCUUCCACUUUUUGAUGAAGAAGACUUCUUGAAAGAGUUUCAACUCAAGUACUCGAUUUCCUGUCCCAGAGAUGCUGGUUGGUGGGCAUGCCUCAAUGUUGUGCUGUCGAUAGCUCAUCGUCUCCGCGCCAUACGCGCAUUAGACCCGACACAGGAGCACAUUCGAGCUUAUGGUUAUGUGCAAAACGCCCUAAGCGUAGUCUCCGAGCUGAGCGUCUCUGACCGCAGCCUUUCUGCUGUUCAGGCUCUAGCGGGUAUGGCUUGCAUUCUCCAGGACACACCAAAUCCGGAGCCGGCUGCAAUGCUCGUUGCCGCCGCUCUACGUUUGGCACAGGCUAUGAAUUUGCACAGAGAAUGUUCCAGCCUAGGACUCACGGAAUCACAAGCUGAGAAGCGGAGGCGGGUGUUUUGGAAGGUGUACAUUCUCGACAAGGAUAUUAGUCUACGGACGGGUCGACCCUUUGGUCAAGAUGACGAUGACAUGGAUGUAGGUUUACCAUCAAACACAAGCCUUGAGGCAGGUAACCUGGACCUCUUCAACUGUCGCAUAGGGCUUGCGCUUGUUCAGGGGCAGGUAUACAAACAGUUGUACUCGGUACGGGCCGAGCGACAAACGGCGACACAGAGAGCGAUUGCGGCACAAGAGUUGAGUUCUCUAUUAUCGUACUGGAAGUCUAGCGCGCAGCUAGAACUUCCAGAAGACUCCGCGACAAUUUCAGGGCUUCAGCUUUCAGGCGAGAUGAUACACAAGGUGGUUCUACGGCUCACAUAUAUGCAUUGCCUCGCAAUGAUUGAUCGCCACUUGCCCCCAACGGCGCAAUCUUCCACCAUCCAAGAGCUCAAUCAGUCUAAGCCUUUAUUGUCCCCAAGCAGUCUAUGCGUCGCUGAGUCACGUAAAGCGAUCCGUCUCGUUGGAGCCGUCCCUCAAGGAGACUGUGCCUGUGUCUGGAUGCUUCUUCAGGCUUUCUUCGCUGCAGCCAGCAGUAUUCUCUAUAAUCUAACACAACAGCCUAUGUCGCCAAACGCAAUUUCUGAUCUUGAUCUCGUCGAGCCAUUUCUACGUCUUUUGGAGACACUUGCCAGGGAUCCAAGCAUAGCCUCGCAGUAUGAGGAGCUGGUGCGAAUGCGUCGCACUUGCAACAGCCUAAACCUCGAAGCAAAAGAGGCUGUUCAACUUUUCAGUUUGAGGCCUGUGGCAUCGUUGACAUGA